AUGACUUCCGCAACGGCUGGUGCUCCAAAGCUUCUGCCAGACGUGCCGGAUAUUGGCCAGACUUUUGCCCGUCGCGGCGGCAGCGUGGCUCUGGCGGUCAUUUACAAAAGCUUCCCAGAGAUGUCUGCGAGCCUGCAGCACAAUCUGAAGCUGGCAUUCAGAGCAAGCAUCCACCACUUGGAGUCUGGCUUGGCUGUCGGCUGCAAGCGGGCACCCGACAGUAGAAACUUUGACCGCUUGCUCUGCGCAUACUCCAGCCCCCGGGCGGCCUACGACAUCAUGAAUGAAGCUGAUGCCAUGUAUGCCCAUGCUUUGUUUGCUCUGAAGGAUCGUAAUCUGGGCACGUUGGAAGCAAAUUUCGCAACGAACAUCUGUGAUCUUCUGGACUUCAUACAAGACCAUGGCUGGAGCUUGGCAUCUGACAUAGAGGCAGGAAGGAUUUGGAGCUACGAGAGGCCGGAGGAUCCCGAGACGGAGGCAGCCGAGGCUGCGCUGAAUACAGCUUUGGGAGGUCCAGAUCCAAGCAGAGCAAACGAAGUCCGAGAGCUUCUUGGACGGGCUUUCUCUGUGCCCCUGCUCUGGCCCCGGAUGAAGCUGGUGAUAACAGUCACAGGAGGCAACUUCGAAGCAGCUACGGUGAGGUUGAGACGACUGCUGUGCGGAGUUCCGAUUUACUCGCCGUUCUACGCCUCAACGGAAGGGCUGCUGGGAGUUAACAUUUGUCCUUCCCAAGACGGGGUGCCCGAAUACCUAUUGGAUGCAGGCAGCAUGGUAUUCGAGUUCCUGCAGUUGCGAGAAGCCGGAUCCAACAAUGCCCACGAACACGCAACCCUGCGGGCAUGGGAGGUUGAGGUCGGGCAUGCUUACGAGAUUCUGGUGACAACCCGUGGCGGCCUCUGCCGCUACAGGAUGGGCGAUGUGGUGAGAGUGGUCGGCAAGCUGGGUCAGAUGCCUCUGGUCUCACUGGAGGGUCGUACUGGCAAGUACCUCCCCUUGCCAGAUGGUCAGCUUCCGGACUUCGUCUUCACGCGCUCACUAGCAAAGACGGCUAUAGCAGAAAAGGUUCGUGCAGCCGUACUCCUGCAGCUCCAGGAAAAUGCAUUCUCGCAGCGUUCGCUGCAGCUCUGCAUUGAAGAAGACUUGGGCCAAGAAGUCUCGCAAAGGGAUGUGCUCGAUUGGGAUGCAGCACUGCGAUCAGAAAGCGAAGGCUACACGGCCCUUCGUGAGGCGGGUCGCCUGGGAGUGCCUGUCUUGCACCGCGCACCGAGAGGUGCAUUCCGGCUUGUCCGUCAGCGUUUCGCCAGCUCGAUGUCCACUGCACACGGGCCUCCCGUGAGCCUGAGUCAGGUGAAGAUGCCUCUAGUGUUGCAAGGAAUGUUGGCUCAUGAACUAUCGGCAAUGUCUCACAAAGGGGCCGUUGAGACUGGACGGUGA